CCGGGCCUGGGAGUGGCGGGAGGAACCACCGCGCUCUCCACCGCAGCUGGGCACGCCUCCCCCGGGCACAGCUUGGGGCAGGGCGGGGCGGCGGCCCCCGUGCCGGCUGGAGACAUGGAGCGGGACGGUGCCCAGGCAGCGGAGAUCGCCAGUUACUUCUUCCCAGCCCUGCACGUGCCGUGUGAACCACCCCCCGGGAACUCCGUGCUCCAGGCCCGCUGCCAGGACCCGGCAUCUCUGCCUGUGCCCAAGGAGCAGGACGCAGAGGAGCCAAAGAGAAGGAAAGGGGGCUGGCCCAGAGGCAAGAAGAGGAAGCCCCCUCGGGACCUGUCUGUGCCUCGUGCGCCCACCACAGGGUACGUGAUAUUCCUGAAUGAACAGAGACGCCAGCUGCGCGCCGCCCACCCCGACCUGCCUUUCACGGAGAUCACCAAGCUGCUGGCUGCUCAGUGGGCACAGCUGGCGCAGGAGAAAAAGCAGAGGUACGUAGAGGAGGCGGACGAGGACAAGCAGCGCUACCUUCGGGAGCUGCAGGCCUACAAGCGCUCCGAGGCUUACCGGGCCUUCCUUCGGAGGCGGGCGGCCCACAGGGCGCUGGGCGGACUGGGGACCCCUGGCAGUGAACUUGAGCACCAGGACCUCGACCUGUCAGCAGUGGACGAGGACGAGAGCAGCGACCUCUACUGCCGCACCUGCAGCCAGUUCUUCAGCUCGCUGCACAACAAGAAGGAGCACUUACUGGGCAGGCAGCACCUGCACAACCUCACAGGAGGAUUCAAGAGGGGCUCCUCGGAGCACUCAAGGCUUGCCCAGCCCUGCGAGGAGGGGGAGGGGCAGCCGCAUCCGAGUGGAGCGGAGGCCGGAGAGGAGGCCGAGAGCCCCGCCAUGCUCCAGCGGGCCGGCGGAGGCCUGAUUCCCGAGACGAGCUUUGCAUCCCUGGACAUGUGCUUCUGGCAGGAGUUCAUCUUUAAAUUGCUGAGACUCAAGGACGCGGAGCUCCGAGAGCUGCGGAGGGCGCUGGCGAGGGCCGCGGCGGAGCAGGAGGCCCUGCAGAGGCAGCUGGCCGAGUACCAGAGGCACCAGCAGCGGCUGGAGGUGGAGCUGGCGGGCCUCCGGACCUACGGCGCGCUCCUGGGGAAGGAGCUCGAGAGCCUGCACCUGGUGUCCAUGCUGUCGCACUUCAGCGUGCCAGGGAUGGACGCGGGAAACGCAGGCCCGCGCGGGGACGCCACGCCGCUCCACUGACCGCCGGACGCAAACCCUGGGCGUGCGUGUGAGCACAGCGCGUCCGCCCGCGUCUCGAGCGCGCGGGGAGCGGACGGCGGCUGGGCCCCGCCCUGCGCCCUGCGCCGGCUGUGACGGGCCACGGGGGACGUGGCGGCGUGCUGGACGAGCCACCGCGGAAGGGAAGGGCGCUUACCUCCUUAGCCUGGGUCUGCAGACGCCGGGGCUGAGGGCUUGGCCUUUGCACGUCUUCCCGUCCAAGGACAGGCCCUGCGCGCGCUCAGCCUAGCGAGGGAGGUCCUGGA